GUAUCAGUAAGUGAUAGAGUCGGCUAAUAAACAGACGUAUACGAGUGUAAAUAAUGAGAAUUAUGGCUAAAACAAUGGUUUAUUUUGUAAAUAAAGGACAUUUGGAGUUAUUUCUUCAAUAAAAAAUGGAUACGACCGUGUUGGCGAGGCGAAAAAUGAAAGGAAAGACCGUGCUGAACAUGGGUAAGCGAGUGUCGGUUGGCUCGGAGCUGGAACAUUUGGAGUUUGACAAAGCCAUAACUACAGACCCCAGUGAUAACCUGAAACGACGUACAUUACAGCUUACACGUUCUGACAGAAAAAAGUCCUGGGGAUUCACAUUGCAGACAUACGGCAUCACCCACAAGUUGACCAGUGACACAGAGAUCAUGACAUACGUAGAUUACGUGGAACUGGAUGGACUUGCUUAUCUGGCUGGCAUGCGGAAAGGUGAUGUGAUUGUAUCUGUCAACGGAAACAAGGUCGGGGUGAUCAAUCAUCAGCAACUGGUCGCUCAGAUACGACUGGCCGGAGAUAAACUAAGACUGGUUGUUCUGUUUGAAGACUGCUGUAGGAAGGUGGACUUACAUGAGAGGUUCAUCAGACUCAAGUCGGUUCUUCGGUCCAAGGAGCAAGAGUUACACGAGAUUGAGGCACAAGAACUGGAAAUCCUGGAAAAUCUUCGUGAAACCAUUGGCUUAUCGCGGUAUGAACAGAUUCGUCAGAGCAUCUUGUCACAGCAUUCCUCGAGCAGUGAAAGCUGGGAUGCCUAUAGUCUGAUUUCAUCUCCUAGUGGUCUCAAAUCCACUGGUCUGUAUGCACUUGGCUGGUCCUCGGCCUCUUUAAUGAGCUGCUCAGUUGGAGACAACUCUUCAAUAAUGGAAGGCGAUUAUGAAUAUAUGGAUAAUAGUUUGGACAGCGCAAAUUCUUCAUUUGCUAUGGAUGGUAUGACUAUGUAUGCUUCGGAUUCCAACUUGGUUCGAGCAACAGGUGCUAGCAACUUUCAUGAACCGCUUCAAGGACAAAAGUCUAAACUACGGAACAUGAGAUUGUCUGACAGCACCUUGUAUAGGUCGUCAAGAGGAGUGGAAAAAGACUUGCUGAAAUCUACUCUUAAGACAAAAGCCAAGUUCAAGAUUGGUCAGGAUUUUACGGAUGGUGGUGUGCAAAGUUUGAAAGAUGAUGUUUUUGAAGAUGAAAAGCUGGCUACAAACCAGGUGGGUAGGUCUGAUAGCGUUCGAACAGUGAGUGAUGUGACACUGAAAGAACAUACUGUAUACUAUGCGGGAGAGAAUGGAACAAUGAUUGUGCCAAAGAUUUGUAUUGAAGGGGAAGAAGUGUUCACAACCUUUGAGCAUAUUGACACAUCAGAGGUGCCUAUAAAGGGGACAGAGUUGUCGGAUGGGCUUGUUAACUAUCAGGAAAAGAUUGUUGCAAUAGAGAUAGCCAAAGGAAUGGCAAUGUUAGAAAACACAGCAGAAAGUGAGAAAUUGGACAUAUCUGAUGAAAAUAUUCCUGAUGCUUUUGCCAAGUCACUGAAUUCAAUUUCUUCGCCUAAACAUUCCCCUAACUCUUCACCAAAAGGUUCUCCUUCGUUAAGUGCCAAAUAUUCCCCCGAUUCAUGUGUCAAAUUAAAAAGUGCAUUAAAAGGAGCUUCUAGUAAGUCUUCUGGUUAUCAGAACUCUGUUUCCCAGUCUUCACAGUUAACGCAGCAAAAUGGUGCUUUAAAGGGAAAGAACUCUGCUGAACUUUCUAAGAAAGGGUCAGUUGCCUCCCUUGACAAAAUGUCUCCGAAACUUGGCAGAUGUCUAAAUACUCUCCAAAAUAAAGGUAGCAGUAUUCCGUAUGACCAAUUAAAAUCCAGCAUUCCAGAUACAAGAGUUUCAUUCCACACAGACAACAUUGAAGUGAUCUACUUCAAUGACAAAGAUGAAGUGACAAAAUUGUAGCAUUGCAAAUAUGUGUUUCAAUGAACUGCAGUCUUCAGGCAGAGAAUUUAUUUCAACAAAUUUUAAAAUUGAAAUUCUAUUCUUCAUCAGAAUCAUCUUGCUUUUGUGAACAUGAGAUCACAAUGGCCCCAAUUUUUAGCUUUGAUUUAGAUUAUGGAAAUUAUAUUUAAAGGGACUAGACACCAGAUGAUACAGUUGCAAGAAAAAAGUAAAUUGUCAGAAACUUACAUAAAAUUGACAUCAUUGUGUUCAACGCUGGAUAGGUCCCAUGAUUGCGUGUCCCUGAUUUGUAACUAGAGAGCUGCAGAGCAAAUGACAGUGCUCACCUGCACUUGUUUAUUCAGUCGACCAAUGAGCAUAACCCAAUAAUGAUUAAAAUAAGAGUUAUGUGCCUUGCUAUAUACUAGUCUGUUGCCUCUGCUCCAUGUGUAUCAAACUCUAUUUACAUACCUUAAAUGUUCCAGGGUUGAGUAGGAGGUAUGGGCAAGAUUGAUGUUAUUGUGCAAAAACUUUAAAAACUUUAAAGGCAACAACAUCACGGCUAUGACAACAACUUGACCUUUUUCUUUGUAAAACAGAGAACAGCUGAGAUUUGAACAACAACAAAACACCAAGGCAAUGACAAUUCAUCCACUUUUGAACAGUUCAAAAAUGCACUGAUUAAAACUCCGCAAUCCUUUUAUUUGAGGGUAUUUUAUUACUAAAAUUUAGUUAUAUGUAAAUAUUGAAUACAGAUUUGUCAAAAGAAUGGUUGAAGGUAACAAGCACAGGGGGCAGAAACAAACUAUUUUUAUUUUUUAUGGCCUAUAUGUAUAUAUACAUAUAGGCUAGAUAAAAUAAAAAAUAUAUGUUUCUGCCCCCUGUGGUAACAAGUCUUGAAGUGCAAUUGUAUGUACUGGUACUGUGCUUUAUAUGAGAUCCAGGAACUGACCAGAUUCUGUGACGGAGUAGCCUCAAUAAAACUUGUUCUCUCAAAUAUUGGGCUUACUGUUUCAAAAAUUAUCUACAGUAUAUCAUUUCUUUGACAAAAUUCCUUAAAAUUGGGUUAUACAAGUUUAACCUUGAUCUCAAAUGUAAUGUACUUAACAACACUGGUAAAAUAUUUUCACUAAAAAUCAUACUGCAUAUAUGAAGUGUACAUUUACUGUUCUUGUACAGUUUAAAAACAUUUUUCAUUAUUUUUGUCUAUAUUCCUCAUCAAAUUUUGUAUUAAAUGACAACAAAUGUGGGACUCUUUUUAUCACAUAACACAUUUGUCACAAUCAAUCAAGAUUUUAUUCAUUUGUCUGUGAAAAUGUUUGAUGCUAAAUAAGUUGGGCGAAGUGACGUCAAUGACGAGACAUUUUAUAUUAUGUUAUGACGAAAAUACGUAAUGUUUGUAUUACUCGAAAUAGGCAACAAACAUCAUGUGAUAAAGGAUAGCUUUCCUCUGUUAUUGGCAUCUGUGAUGUUUAACUGGGAAUGUGCAAUAUUUUUAAGUUCAUUCAUUUGUAGAUUUUUAGCAUAAAUUUACAUUAAUCAGAUGUGUAUUAUUAUGAUAAAUACAUGUAUGUAUAUUAUUACUCAUUAUUAUUGUGUUUUAAUAUCAUUAAAGAGACAAAAUAUAUUAUAAAUAAUCAUUACCCUUGAUUAUGUUUGUUAUGAAAAAUUUAUGCAAUAAAAUUACAAUGAUUGUUAGGCAAUUUGAUUACUGUUACACCUUUUUUCAAUAUAAGAUAAAGGUCCCUCAUUGUUAGUUAGAUUUUACUCUGCUGAUAUAACUUAAUCCAUCAAUUGAUGUGGGUUAUGUCCCUUUGAAGUUAAAAAUGUAAACAAACACGUUUUUUUCUGUUUAUUUCUAUAUUAAAGCAAACUGGGCUGGAAAUGGUCUUCUAACAAAUGUCAAUACUAUAGAUAGGAUGCUGGCAUUUUUUCAUUGAAUUCCGUGGUAGAAAGUAUGUCCUAAACAUUAUAUAAUAAAGUGUUUGUUUAAUGUUA